CAAUCCCCAUAUCGUAAACACACACCUAACCCACAAAUAUUAGACUGACAGCAAGACAAAGACAGGUAGCUUAGCUUAAUCUUUGUAACACUAACUAACAAAAGUGUUAACUUCUUUUCUGUCUUUGUGUUCUGUUUUUGAGUUAUUGGGUGGAAACUGUUACAAAACAUGGAGCAACUUAAGCUAACACUUUCACUUUUCUUCUCCUUCUCCGAUUCAUCUUCAUGGUUUCACCGUGAUUCCACUCAUUCCCCACUUUUCUACACUCUAUGUGCUUCUUUCUCUCUCAUCUCCUUCAUUGCUCUUAUUCAACUCAUCAGAAUUGAACUUAGAGUACCUGAAUACGGUUGGACUACUCAGAAGAUUUUCCAUCUCUUUAACUUCAUUGUUAGUGGAGUACGUGCUCUUGUGUUUGGAUUUCAUGCUCAAGUGUUUUUCUUGCAUCCUAAGGUCUUGACUUUGGUGCUGUUAGAUCUUCCUGGGCUUGUGUUUUUCUCAACAUAUACACUUCUUGUCCUUUUCUGGGCUGAAAUCUAUCACCAGGCAAGGAGUUUACCAACUGAUAAGCUCAGGAUAAUUUACAUCUCUGUAAAUGGUGCCGUAUAUUUAAUCCAGGUUGGUUUCUGGAUUUACCUCUGGUUAGAUUACAAUGAUGUUGUGGACUUCAUUGGAAAGAUAUUUAUAGCAGGUGUAUCAUUUGUAGCUGCAAUAGGCUUCCUAAUAUUUGGAGGAAGAUUAUUUUUCAUGCUGAAGCGUUUCCCAAUUGAGUCGAAGGGGAGAAGAAAGAAGCUUCAAGAGGUUGGAUUUGUGACAAUCAUAUGUUUCACCUGUUUUCUGAUAAGAUCUGUGAUGGUUCUUGUAUCUGCAGUUGAUUCGGAUGCAUCUCUUGAUGUUUUGGACCAUCCUAUUUUGGACUUCAUCUACUACAUGGUGGUUGAGAUCCUGCCUUCAGCUAUAGUCCUCUUCAUCCUACGCAAAUUGCCACCGAAGAGAAUAUCAGCUCAAUAUCACGACAUCCAUUAACUGUAGAGCAUCUUGGAUCUUACUGUAUUCUUUCACCCGUCGGUUAUUAUUUUAAUGGCGCUGCAGUUCAUGGUACUUUUUCCCCUCUUGCCCAUCAAGUAUAUUCUCAAGCAGCAGUUCCUUACAUGUGUGAUAAUCAGCAGUUGCUGCUCGGGUAGGGUAAUCUGUAAUCUUUUUUUAUUUGUGUUUCAGCAAGAUUGUGAUUUUCACUUCAUGUAAGUAAAAGGAACAAGGAUUGAGGGUAGUUCAUUGAGGGGACUAAACAUAUAGAAAUUUUUGUGAUAUAGGCUUGCGAUGAUGUAUUCAUUCAUUCCAUUUUCAAAUUUCAUGGGAUUUCUGCUGUGUAAAUUACAAAUAGAUGGAGGUGGUUACUUAAAUUAAUAAUAUACACCUUGUUUGAGUUAAAA